AUGUACUCGAUCGUGGCGCUGGCCACUCACAUCCUCGUCAGCGCUCAUGCAGUCGGAGAUGUGCGCCACAUAUCGAUUCCGGGAGAUUUGAUAUUAGGUGGAGUUUUUCCUGUACAUUGGAAAGCGGAGAACAAAGAUGGACACGAUCCGUGUGGAUCAAUCGCCGAAACAAGUUGUGAAGAUCAACGAAACACCCUCGACAGCUUCACAGCCGAUGACAAAGUGCAGUAUGUGAUCGAUGCUGUCUACGCGUUGGCUCAUGCUUUACAGAUUCAAACCACAUCCCUUUGUAUAUCGAUCUCAAUGUCGGCGAAUGUGGUGCUAGAUUGUAUUAUGAAUCUAAAGCCAGCCAUAUUCUUG